AUGAAAGCCGUGGUGCUGGCCUUGGCUGUGCUCUUCCUGACAGGGAGCCAGGCUCGGCAUUUCUGGCAGCAUGAUGACCCCCAGUCAUCCUGGGAUCGGGUGAAGGAUUUUGCCACCGUGUAUGUGGAAGCAAUCAAGGAUAGUGGCAGAGAAUAUGUGGCCCAAUUUGAAGCCUCCGCUUUGGGAAAACAGCUCAACCUGAAACUCCUGGACAACUGGGACAGCCUGGCCAGCACAUUGACCAAAGUGCGUGAACACCUGGGCCCGGUGACCCAGGAGUUCUGGGACAACCUGGAAAAGGGGACCGCUUCGCUGAGGCAGGAGAUGAGCAAGGACCUGGAGGAGGUGAAGCAGAAGGUUCAGCCCUACCUGGACGAGUUCCAGAAGUGGCACGAGGAGGUGGAGAUCUACCGCCAGAAGGUGGCGCCGCUGGGCGAGGAGUUUCGCGAGGGCGCGCGCCAGAAGGUGCAGGAGCUGCAGGACAAGCUGAGCCCGCUGGCCCAGGAGAUCCGCGACCGCGCGCGCGCCCACGUGGAGACGCUGCGGCAGCAGCUGGCGCCCUACAGCGACGACCUGCGCCAGCGGCUGACCGCGCGCCUGGAGGCGCUGAAGGAGGGCGGCGGCAGCCUGGCUGAGUACCACGCCAAGGCCAGCGAGCACCUGAAGGCGCUGGGCGAGAAGGCCAAGCCGGCGCUGGAGGACCUCCGCGGGGAAGGUUCAAACAGGAAGGAAAUAGAGGACCAGGCAAAGUCCAGGUCGGAUGAUCCAAUGCAGGUGCCUUGA